AUGAAGGUUCUUUGUCUUCAUGGUCAGGGCUCGAAUAACGAGAUAUUCAAAUUGCAGACAGCAUCUUUCAGGGCAGAUUUGCCCGACUUCUCGUUCGAAUUUGUGCAGGGAACAGUUCCUCAUACUGAGGGGAACUGGUCGCUUUUCACGACUUCGUUCUCCGAGCUACCACUGUACAACUAUUAUAACCCUAUAUCUGCAUCAUCAAUCACGCAGGUGGAAGAUGAAAUGUUGGAGUUGAUCGAACAACAAGGGCCCUUUGACGGAGUAAUUGGAUAUUCGGGAGGCGCAGCCCUUGCAGGCCAGCUUUUGAUUCGAGAUCGUCGAAACAACCCUUCCAGGCUUCCAUAUGAACGUAUAUUUCGCUGGGCUGUUUUUAUCAAUGCUGGUACGCCACUUGAAGUCUUUAAAAUUUCUGAGAUGGAUGUGUGUGCUGGUGUAAUUGAAGAGUCAGCACCAAAAGAGGCCCAUCAAAUCCUGUUGCGACCAUCAAAUAUCCGGGUCCGCGAAGAGGAGGCAAAGAGACACCCGGACUAUGACCCUGAGCAGAUAAAGCUGCAGCUGGGGAAGUUGAAAACGAGACAACUCGCUGAUUCUAGGCUUUUCAUGACGGAUGGGAUCACAGGUAUAGCUAGGUAUGAUGGAAUCAUUCAGGGGGCGCUGAUUGAUAUUGCUACUCUGCAUGUCCGAAGUCCGACGGCUACCAAUCGGCACUGGGGUCUGGGAUUGAUGGAGAUGUGCGAGCCUGCAAUGAUGAUGGAAUUUCUCCACGACCAUGGCCAUGACUUUCCUCGAGGCUACGCUGAUAUGAAGAAGGUUGCGAGGCUCAUACGGGAACUGUCGGAAAUGGCUGGCUGA